AUGAUCCACGAUCGUCUAUCGAACGAGACGGAAGAGCAACGUGCUCACCGCCUCGGUGUGAUCCACGAUCGUCUAUCGAACGAGACGGAAGAGCAACGUGCUCACCGCCUCGGUGUGAUCCACGAUCGUCUGUCGAACGAGACGGAAGAGCAACGUGCUCACCGCCUCGGUGUGAUCCACGAUCGUCUAUCGAAUGAGACGGAAGCGCAACGUGCCCACCGCCUCGGCGUCAUCCACGAUCGUCUAUCGAACGAGACAGAAGAGCAACGUGCUCACCGCCUCGGUGUGAUCCACGAUCGUCUAUCGAAUGAGACGGAAGAGCAACGUGCCCACCGACUCGGAUUGAUUCGCGAUCGCUUAUCAAACGAAACACCUGAAACUCGUUCAGAUCGACUUAGUAGAAUGCAACAAGCUAAUCAAGCUUGUAGGGACAUCACAAAUGAACAAUCUUUUGAAGCGGCUAUUAAUAUUUUUGCUGAUGUACCAUGCGCCGUUUGUAAAAGAAGCCUUUAUCCUCAACAGCGUUCCAAUUUACGAGCAAAUAUGUAUAGUAUACUAUUACCUGAAGAACUGGUUGCUUUAGGUACAAUAACUACGUGCUCUCGAUGUAGCAAUAAUAUUAGGAAAAGAAAAAUUCCAACAACUGCAUAUUGGAAUAAAAUGAUGCCCGCAGAAGUACCGCCUGAAUUAGUCAAUUUGACGAGCGUUGAAGAACGAUUUUUAAGCCGCAUCGUACCGUUUUUAAAGAUUGUAAAACUUAGUAACCGGUUCAGUCAAAAUUGGUGUAAAGGGCAGGUCAUUCUAUUUGCAAAGGAUGUUGUGGAAAUUGCUGAACAGUUACCACUGACACCAAAUCAAGCUGGUUUAGUUUUGGUAGUGGAAAGUCUCGAGAACCUUUCAUGUUCUAAAGAAUUCGUCGUGGAUAUGCAAAGACUGAAUCGAGCAUUAACUUGGUUAAUUUCCAAUAAUCAUCUUUACAGCGAUGUUCAGGUACAUUUUGAAACUACUUUAAAUAUUCCUCAUAUAUUACAAAUAGCUGAAAAAUCUAUUCCUGAACAGGAUGGCGUUGCUUCUGAAACUUUAUCACAACAUUAUAUCACUUUAAAUGACAACGGCAAUAUUACGCGGAUCAUUUAA